GUGGGAUCAUGGUUUCUAUAUGUAUACACAGACGUACAUCUAGGCCUACCGCUCCUUUUCAUCUCAAUAAUCUUAUGCUACUUCUACGCUCGUGUAAGUAAUAAAUUCGACAUUUGUGGUAGGAGAGGAAUUGAAUAGUCAAAUGACACAUAACGGUAAGAUGUAAAUAAAACAGCCGUAAACAGCUAAAAUGAAAAGGACACGUGCUACUCUGCUGAAAAAGGCGCGCCGUUCUAUCCUCCUACUGUCCUAGCCAGCGUCGCUCGGCCUAGAGUCAUCUUUUAUGACAAACUUCAAUAGGCGUGACUUAACAGGAUAAACAACUGCAUCAUGCCUAGAGGAAGUACAUAUGCAAACAACUCCUACAACAGGAGCUUGGGAAGGGUUGGCGCACCCAUGGGCAGCAUGCCUGUGUCAGCAUCCUCAAGAUCAUCGAGCAGUGGUGGGUACUCAUCACCUGCAAGCCACAGUUGUUUUGCGGACAACUCCCUCAACAGGAGUGUAGGGAGGGUAGGCAUGCCAUUGGGGAGCAUGCCAGUGUCACGCUCCUCUUCUACAUCAUCAGAAAGCACCGGCUACUCGUCCUCAGGAAGCCCAGGUACGUACGUGGACAAUGCUUACAACCGAAGUGUCGGACGAGUGGGCAUGCCGCUUGGUAGCGUGCCUGUGUCCAGGUCAUCUUUGUCCGCAUCAGCCUCUCCGGGGACUGGCACUGGGACCUAUCUGGCCGAUUCGCCAAGGGGCAGAGAGGCCAUGGUCUACAAAGACAAUGCCUUCAACAGGCGACUGGGUCGCGUCGGGGAGCCGUUGGGAUCAGUGCCCCACAGUCGGGGAAGUGGGGCCUCAGUAUCCCAAGAGAGGUUUUACGUGGACAACUCCCUCAAUCGGCAACUGGGGAGAGUUGGCCUGAAACUUGGAACCAUGCCAGUAUCUAAGACGGGGAACACAAACAGCAGGAAGAUAGCCCAGUCUACUCAUGCAAUGAGAAAGAUGUAUGACCAACUACUGCAGCCAGAGGUUCAUGACAUUGGAGACUUGCCGAGCAACAUCCCGUGUGGAGAGCAGGACUACAUGUGUGACACUGUGUUCAGCCUCAUCAGGCGCAUGACUCGGGCUCUGAAAUGGCAGGAAACCAACCAAGGUAAGCAACCUCGCACUACCCUGGAGACCUUCAAGUACGAUGGGCCGGUCGUCAAGUUUAACGACAUUGAGAUCCUGGAGAAAAUUGGGCAUGGGGGCUUUGGAGACGUCCAUUUUGGAAAGUACAAAGGUACCGUUGUUGCAGUCAAGAAGCUUCGAGUGCAACGCGUGUCCCAAAGGCGACUGCGGCAGUUCCAAGAGGAAGUAGAAAUCCUGUGUCACUUAGACCAUCCCCACAUUGUCAAGUUCCUGGGCGCUUGUGUUGUGACUCCCAAUCUAGCCAUCCUGUUGGAGUAUAUGCAGAAGAGCCUUUAUGAUGCUCUCCAUGUGGAAGAACAGGACUAUUCAUCUCGGGAUCAGUAUCGAAUCCUGCUACACGUGGCUGAUGGCUUGGCCUACUUGCAUGGCAUGAAAGUGGCCCACUGUGACAUGAAGUCCACCAAUAUUCUACUGGAUAGCUCCUAUGAUGGUGUCAUUGCGAAGAUAUCUGACUUUGGCCUCAGCUUGAUGAAAAGUGAAACAGAAACGUCGCAGUCCACAGCCAAAGUCCAAGGUGUCGGGACGCCUAAGUACUCAGCACCGGAGGUCCUAAAUGGGGAGGAACUUGCACAGCCAGCCAUGUGCAAGGCAGAUGUCUACUCCAUGUCGGUGGUGGCUUGGGAAGUCCUGUGCCAAGAGGUGCCAUUCAGCGGCUUAAACAUCCACCAGCUGACACGCUGUAUCUGCAGGGGGGAUGUCAACCUGAAGUUUCCUGAAGACGUCAAGGUUGGAGAUGGUCUCGUGGCUCUACUGGAGGAGUGUUGGAGCCACGAUGCCAACAAGCGACCAUCGGCAGAAGCCUUCAAGCAGCACUUGGCAAAACUGCAGGGUAUCAUGAGGCUCUGUACUAGUGAAGCAAAUGGCAGACUUGACCAAGCAAAACGACGCAUCAUGCCUAGAGGAGGUACAUAUGCUGACAAUGCCUACAACAGGAGCUUGGGUAGGGUUGGAGCACCCAUGGGCAGCAUGCCGGUGUCUCGAUCAUCUUCUGGAUCAUCAGGAGGAUUUAGCCACUCGUCAUCUGGAAGCCAGCGCACCUAUGUUGACAACUACUACAACAGAAGCAUUGGCAGGGUUGGAGCACCCAUGGGCAGCAUGCCGAUGUCUCGAUCAUCUUCUGGAUCAUCAGGAGGAUUUAGCCACUCGUCAUCUGGAAGCCAGCACACCUAUGUUGACAACUCCUACAACAGGAGCUUGGGUAGGGUUGGAGCACCCAUGGGCAGCAUGCCAAUGUCUCGAUCAUCUUCUGGAUCAUCAGGAGGAUUUAGCCACUCGUCAUCUGGAAGCCAACGCACCUAUGUUGACAACUCCUACAACAGGAGCUUGGGUAGGGUUGGAGCACCUAUGGGCAGCAUGCCGAUGUCUCGACCGUCAUCUGCAUCAUCAGGAAGCAGCAGCAAAACGCCCUCCGACAGCAAGGCCAUCUAUGUUGACAACACCUACAACAGAAAGCUUGGCAGGGUUGGCUUGCUCAAAGGCAGCAUGCCGGUGUCUCAACCGUCAUCUGCAUCAUCAGGAAGCAGCAGCAAAACGCCCUCCGACGGCCAGGCCGUCUAUGUUGACAACACCUCCAACAGAAAGCUUGGCAGGGUUGGUAUGCCCAAGGGCAGCAUGCCGGUGUCUCAACCGUCAUCUGCAUCAUCAGGAAGCAGUAGCACAACGCCCUCCGACAGCCAGGCCGUCUAUGUUGACAACGAAUACAACAGAAAGCUUGGCAGGGUUGGCUUGCCCAAAGGCAGCAAGCCGGUGUCUAAAUCAUCACAACACAGUGGCAAGGUCUACAAAAGCACUCCCUUGAACCAACGCCUGGGUCGAGUUGGGAUGCCCCUUGGAACGAUGCCUUACAGUAGAAAGAAGCAGGCGCCACAACCAAAAAAAACACUGGUGGUCAAGAAAAAGAAACCUAAGCCCACAGAUGUCAUGGGAAAGAUAAUGGAUCAUUUGCUAGGGCCUGAGGAAGAGGACUUUGUGGACUUCCCAAGCGAUAUCCCAAAGGAUGAGCAGGACUACAUGUGUGAAACAGUCUUGAGUCUCAUCAGGCGCAUGGAACAGGUUUUGCAGUGGCAGGAAACCAACCAAGGUAAGCAGCCUCGCACUGCCUUGGAGACCUUCAAGUACGAUGGACCAGUCAUCAAGUUUGAUGAGAUUGAGGUCCUGGAGAAAAUUGGGCACGGGGGCUUUGGAGACGUCCAUUUUGGAAAGUACAAAGGCACCGUUGUUGCAGUCAAGAAGCUUCGAGUGCAGCGCGUGUCCCAACGGCGACUGCGACAGUUCCGAGAGGAAGUGGAGAUCCUGUGUCGCUUAGACCAUCCCCACAUUGUCAAGUUCCUGGGUGCUUGCGUUGUUACUCCCAAUCUGGCCAUCCUGUUGGAGUACAUGCAGAAGAGCCUUUAUGAUGCUCUCCAUGUCAAAGAGGAGGAGUAUUCACCUCAGGAUCAGUAUCGAAUCCUGCUACACAUGGCUGAUGGCUUGGCCUACUUGCACGGGAUGAAGGUGGCCCACUGUGACAUGAAGUCCACCAAUAUUCUACUGGAUAACUCUGAUGAGGGUGUCAUUGCGAAGAUAUCAGACUUUGGCCUCAGCUUGAUGAAAAGUGAAACAGAAACGUCGCAGUCCACGGCCAAAGUCCAAGGUGUCGGGACGCCUAAGUACUCAGCGCCGGAGGUCCUAAAUGGGGAGGAACUUGCACAGCCAGCCAUGUGCAAGGCAGAUGUCUACUCCAUGGCGGUGGUGGCUUGGGAAGUCCUGUGCCAAGAGGUGCCAUUCAGCGGCUUAAACAUCCACCAGCUGACACGCCGUAUCUGCAGGGGGGAUGUCAACCUGAAGUUUCCUGAAGAUGUCAAGGUUGGAGAUGGUCUGGUGGCUCUACUGAAGAAGUGUUGGAGCCACGAUGCCAACAAGCGACCAUCGGCAGAAGCCUUCAAGGAGUGCUUGGAAAAACUGGAAGGUAUUAUGUAGAUGCAUUUACCAGCAGUGUAUGCGAUGCCAACUAUGUAAGUAGCACACAAGCUCUUAUGUUAAUUCUUGGAAAAAUUUUUUAUAAUUAACGCCACUAAUUCUGCCCUGCAGUUACCUGUUAGCCAUCUGAAAGCAUAUAAAAUAUUCUAAAAAUGAAAAAAUUUGCAGUGAAAAUAUGGAGGUAUUCACUUUAAUAGAAAACGGAAUUUUUCACACCAGUCUCAUAGGGUUUGUGCACUGGGUGCCAAGCAGCAUCCAUGUAUGGAAUUCCUUCAUUCUGUUUCAGAAAUCUUUUGUUCCUGAUUCAUUCUUCAAUCACAUUCAAUGGAAUUUAAAAUUAUUGAUUCUUUAGCAAUUAAAUGCUAUUCCAUAUAAUUGCCCAAUACAGUACUUUAGCUAUUGAAUAUACUCUUUCAUAUUAUUGCCCAAUACAGUACUUUAGCUAUUGAAUAUACUCUUCCAUAUUAUUGCCCAAUACAGUACUUCAGCUAUUGAAUAUACUGUUUCAUAUUAUUGCCCAAUACAGUACUUUAGCUAUUGAAUAUACUCUUCCAUAUUAUUGCCCAAUACAGUACUUUAGCUAUUGAAUAUACUCUUCCAUAUUAUUGCCCAAUACAGUACUUUAGCUAUUGCAUAUAUACUCUUUCAUAUUAUUGCCCUAUACAGUACUUCAGCUAUUGAAUAUACUGUUUCAUAUUAUUGCCCAAUACAGUACUUUAGCUAUUGAAUAUACUCUUCCAUAUUAUUGCCCAAUACAGUACUUUAGCUACUGCAUAUAUACUCUUUCAUAUAUUGCCCAAUAAUGAGAAUGGAAAUUUAUGUGACAUGAACAUUCCUAGAUACAGGCAUUCAGUUCAGAUGACUUUAAGUGGGGACCUUUGCAUGAUCAAGCAUGAGUUUAAGUAUGUCACGAAUAUAAUGUAGGCAUAUUUAGUAUGCAUAAUAGAUGUGUAUAUAUAAAUGUAUGGGACUGCAGUAUGAGGUUAUUUCAAUACUACCCAGAUGGCCUUACAUGUACUUCAGUCUGUGUUUUUCAUGCCCUAGUACGUGCACAACAUAUAGAUCAGAAAAAGAGUUGAGUUCUUUAUGCUCUACUUAUUUGAAUUUCCUGUUCAUUUUUACAUUAUAUUCAGGAGCUUUUUAGAUGCAGACAAUAAAGUACAGCAGUAGCCUGCAGAAUUAUGAAAGAGGUUGGGUGGUAAAUAUUUUUUGCUACAACUCUUACAGUGCCAUUCUUUUUAUUAAAUCAAAAUAAUUAUUACUCCUCAAAUUAACUAUUUUUAAUCUUUUUGCUUCUUAAUCUGGUAAGAGUUGUAUAAAAUCAACUAGGAAUCCUGUUUUUAAUGGUUUUGUUUGAAUUCUGUGCCUCACUUCAACUAAAUGUACUUACAAAAUGUUUUUAUAAAAAUUUACACAGGUUAAAUAAAUGUAAAUGUAAAGUAUUUUCACGGGCCAACAAUACGGACGCCAUAUACAUGUAUGAAGACAUGGCAUGUUAUUUAACAGGAAGUCAAAUUGGUGGGAACUCACGUUGUGUGUGUGUACAGGCUUGUGUGCUAUUGGCACGUAGCCCAAGCGCACUCCCAAGUACACACGUCUCCCUCCCGGGGGACCACAGAUUUUUAAAAGUGUUAAGAUCCAGCAUAGUACUAGUGCAACAUUUACCCUGAAUGCUAUUUCUGUAUGUGACUGAGAAACUGUUCAGUGUUGUUACUUGAGGUUAGAGUCAGUUGCAUGCCUGUCAUGUAGCGGUACCUCCUGUUUUCCUCAGAUGAAUACUGAAAUAGGGUGUACAAUUCUAGCAUGCCAUAGAGCUGAAUAUUUAAUGUUUCCAAGUAGUUCAGAAUCUGUAGUACGUCUGUUGAAGACCUAGAGAAUACCUACGGUAUCAUAUUAUAGAGCAUUUUCAGUCGCAUGAUUCUUGAUGGUUAGUGUUCAAUUACACAGAUGUGCGCGGAAAGGCACACGCCUUCAAAGUUGCUCAACACCCUGGCGGACAUGAAAUUGCUAAUAAAGAUACACAGAUUUGUAACUGCACAUGCCUUCGCUUCCUGAAAUGCCUUUGCAUGUCAUGUUACGUCACGUGAAAAACUCCCUGAAGGAAACAUCACACCAGACUGGUCCACUCUGUCUAUCAUGUCACAUUUUAAUGAUCAUGUUCGUUUAAUAGACAUGAAGGAAUGGAUUUCAAAAUGAAACUAACAUGUUAAACAGAAGACAAUUAACAUUCUAUGAGUACUUUCAUUGCGCCCCGAAUACAAUCAACACAUCUACGUGUUUGUUAUUCACUGGUUAUCUGUGCUCCUACUCUGCAGAGGUUUAAAACCACAGUUCUUUGGGAAAGAUUUGCAGCUGGACUGCGAAACAUUUUGGGGAUUUACCUCAAAGAACGAAAGUGGUGACUGUGACUAACAUGUCUGAACAAAUUAACCCCAACUUUGCUGACUGGGAGAAACCACAAUCGCAAGCAAACAGUUGCUCUUUUUGCCCUUUCCAGGUUUCAAGCAUUAUUUCCAUUCUGAAAUGAGACUUCUGGCAUGAUACAGUGUACCUGUUUGUUGGAUAACAACACUGGGAUCUACCUGACACCAGCUCAUCUCCCUCCCCCCCAUUGAAAACCACUGACAAAACUGGAAAAAUGGCAAUAAAAGCCAGUUCACACUUCAGGUGAAAUAAACAGCGAAGCAAACUUGAUGUCACAGAAUCUUUACAGCAAAAUUUGCCAGGGUUGAACAGUGUUCCAGUUUUGCAAAUUUGCAGCAGGAGUAUUUGAUCUUCCGUCACAAUGCUGCAUUCCUGUUUGCUCUCACACAAAGUAUGAACUGGCCUCAAUCGGAUUGGAUAAAUGCAGCUCAGUUCAUGGGUUCAAAUCCUCACAACAUCAACAUAUUUCAAAGUGAAAUCACAGAGACCAGAAGUUUCCAAAUGAUCACCAUUUGCUGCAACGGUCUUUUCUUAUCCCCGCUUGUAGGAAACUGUGCAGUGACAAAAAAAUCUGAACAACUAUGGAGAUAAGUGGAACCUAUACAAUCAGUAAUGCUUACUUAACAACAAACUGUUAACGUUAGUGUGUAUAAAUAGUAUUAACAAAAAAACCACACUUAUAUAAAUGCAAACUUGUAUAUAUUCUAUAAAAUUCUGAAUACAGUCCUGCAGUUAAUGAUUAAUAUUCAUCACGGACGACUACAAUGUUAGAUCACUGCAUGUAACUAUAAACAUACACAGGUACAUCCAUUUUUUACAUGCACAACUCACUCGUUUACACUGCUUGGUCACCUACACCACUUUUUGGAUUUCUUUCCUUGCACAUCCAUCAUGUUGUAUGCGUUCACAAGCAUUUAUACACCAAAGCAUUUGAAUCUUGAAAUGUAAGCAUGCCUGUCCAAUGCAAUACUUUUGGCCUGAGAUAGUGGUAAUAUGUGAUGGGGUUGAAACAUAUCACAUAAGAAGUAAUCUGCUUUGAUUUGGGAAGUACAGUUCACUGGGCACGUCCUCCAAUGACUUAUACAGACAUUGGUGGAAACUGCUUAGAACUUUCAUCUAUUGAAAUCCCAAAAUGCGUUGCACCAACCAAAUUUAAAGUAUACAGUCCUGACUCCGACAAAAUACCACAACUGGCGUCAGAUUUAGGAAGAUCUGGAGUUUUCAAUCAGGUUACUGAACAUCAGUGUUUGCAACAUCAGGAUAAGCAAAUGGCUUACAUCUUUCACAAAGGAUAUACAUGAGACAAAUGUGGCAAUGGUGCAUGGGCCGUGCAUUUCUCUUCUCAACUCGGGACGAUUAUGAAGUGCUGUAGCCCGAGGGUUUUUCAAGGGGCAUGAUGAGGGCCUGCAGGGGCAGGAGCACAGUCUGAUCAAGUAGAUUACACAAUUUGGGUUAGAAAAGGUGUGCUUGGUAAACCUGGGUGAUUUGGUCACAUGUUUGUCCACUGUCGUACUGCAUGUGCCCCGUUACUGACUGGGCGAACUGUCACUCAUGAAUUUGAAGAAACAGUGAACUUGGUGAACCCCCCCCGAAUACAUGAAAAUAUAUUUAGGCCUAAGUUUGCAAAUAAAUACCAUCACUUGAAGCUGGGGGUCCCUGUUAGCCCUGAAGUGAAAAACAGGGCCCCUCAAUUAAACUCUUUAGGCUCUGACAUGCACUUGUGUGACGUAAAGCUUACAUGUAUCUCAAGUGAUUUACAUGGCAGGGGAAUGAAUUGUUGGCUUAGUAUAGCUGUGCACAGACCAAAGGGCGCUGUGAUGGACAGCUGAGGCAUAAGAAAUAUCCAUUCUAUGAGGUAAAUAGUGAUGCAUCUGUACACCCUUGGCAGACUUACAUGUACAUGUAGGUCCAACCUAUUUGUCUCAUUGUGGGCAAGUACACAAUCACCAUGAAAUGUGUGAUGUCAAGCAUCCAAAUCC